GUCUACUGUAAAGGGCGUUUCGUCAUAUGUAUUUGCAAAUGAUAACUGUCUAGACCUUUGCCAUAUCGCUGCCGAUUGAGUCAUAGGGGCUGUGUUCAGCGGCUUAGGUUGCAACAUACCAGAGGUGCUCGUGCUUAAAGGCUGUAAGCUAUAGUGCAUCUUACGUAGUAGAAAGCGUUGCAAGCAAUGUCUUGGUUCUCACAUUCACCUACUCCACAUCGGGUACAGACGGAGGAGGAGGCCUUUUGGUAUCUUAAUUUAACAUCCGAGCAACAGAGCGCUUAUGAAAAAUUUCACGAACACCUCCAACAAACUAGUGCUCUUCUAGCUGGUCAUGAUGAUCGCUAUACGCUACUACGCUUCCUUAAAGCAAGGCAGUGGGAUGUGGGUCGGGCGACAACGAUGUAUCAGAACAUGGUCAACUGGCGCAAGGAGCACCGGACUGAUGAGGUCUACCAGACGUUCACAUUCGAGGAAGAGGAGGCGGUCGUUGCGCACUACCCUCACUUUUACCACAAGUGCGACCGCUACGGCCGCCCCGUCUACAUCGAGCUGCUGGGCCAGGCCGACCCCGCCCGCAUCCUGGAGGCCACCUCCCUGGAGCGACUGCUGGACUACCACAUCUGCGAGUGGGAGCGACUCAAGCGGCAGAUACUGCCCGCCUGCUCGCAGCUGGCAGGUCGGCCCAUCAUCACCAAGUGCGUCAUCCUGGACCUCAAGGGCGUGUCCAUGAAGAGCUUCGGUACGGCGGCGCAGCGCAUCCUGCGAGCGGUGGCGGCAAUUGACCAGGACUACUACUGCGAGUCGCUGGGCCAGAUGUUCAUCAUCAACACGCCCACCGUGUUCCGCCUGAUCUGGGCGGUAGUGAACCCGCUGCUGGAGGACCGCACGCGGCGCAAGAUCGCCAUCCUGGGGUCCGACUACCUGCCCACCCUCACGCAGCUGGUGGCGGAGGAGGACCUGCCCGCAUGUCUGGGGGGGAAGAGCGAGAGGCAGGACAUGAGGACGAACAUCGGGCCCUGGACGGAGGUGGUGCUCCAGGCUUCAAGCAGCGGGGGAGCGGCGGUUGCGCCGGCUGCCGGCAGGCAGUGCGGGGAUUCAGCGCAGGGGGGUGAGGGGCGGUGCGGGGCGGCGGUGGAGCCGCAGGCGGUGGCUGUGGCGGCGGAUGCAGCGGCGGCAGCACCCGCGGAGCCCGCCCCGCUGCCGCCCGCGAACGGGUAACUCGCCAAGCGGCUGGAGAAGGAGGCGGUUGGGGGGCGGCUGUUGGAAGCGGGUGGUACUUGGCGACCGCAGGGGUGCAGGGAUGCUGGUUUAGUGCGCAGGGGUCGUGAUGAGAGGAUGCUGCAGCCUCGAGAGGGCGAGGUGCGGGGGCCGCUUGGUGCAAGCAAGCCGCGGCUGUAGACUCGGGUGAACUGCCCACCGUGCACGGGGGAGCUGUGUAGGGGUGUGACCUGUGGGGCCUGGCAACGCCCCGAGAGGGCCAGUUGCCAGGGGAGCUGGGCAGAGGUGGUGGGCUGGGGAGUCAUGUCUCACGUGUCUUGGGUGUGGCACUGGGGAGUCAUUGUUUGUUACGAUUCAUCAAUAGCCGGGCAUGUUUCGUGGGCGGGUGGGCCUUCCCAGCGCUCCGCUGCAGCCCCCCUUGCCCGAAUGGCCCAUUGACACCUUGUCGCGCAGGGCGGGUUGACGACAGUCCGUGCGUGCAGCGUGAGAGAGGGUGUGCGACCUCGGAGAGUGAAACAGCCAUCAUGGCCUGUAGCAAUUGAACCCUACUACUGGCAAGGCUGGCAAGGAAUGAGGUGAAAGAUGCGGACGUGAAUGCCCGAAAGAGUGCUGGGCGCCUGCUUACGGGAGUUUCUGGUUUGUAUCCACGGAUGGUGGUCGUGUAGCUGUGUCUUGUGUCCUAAUGCGGUUGCACGCGGCAGCUCUGGGGUUUUAAUUUAGUGUUCACUUGCUUUCCUUGCUUGGGUUCCGCGCGGCUCACGAAGUCACGAUGCUCACGUUUCUUGCAGCUCGUAUGGGAUUUCGGACCUGGUGGGGGGUGAUCGCCGGUGUAGCAAUUCAUGCUUCAGGAAAGGCCGUACGGACACAGCUUCUGUCUUGUCACAGUAGGGCAGGGGGGACAGCGCGGCGAUUAUCCCUGCUGUUGCGGAUUUCGCCUGAUCGGUGCUCUUUGGCAUGCAACGUGUAUACGUCAGCGUAUGACAAUGUGUGCACCAAGCGGGCGGAUGCGGGCGUCAUAGCGGGUUUGCUUAUGCACUCGCUGUGGCGUGUAGCUGCGUGUAUAAUAGUUCACACAUACCUUUGUAACACAAACUCUUAA